AUGGAUAAAUGCGAUGAAACCCCUGUACAAGGAACCAAAGUUCCUUUCGAUCCCGGCUGGAAUGAUCCUCCGAAAUUUUCAUACAGCAUGCAACAGACUACGCCAAAUCGCCCACGUAAUUUUUUGAACAAGCGAGUAGCCUUUCCUUUAUCAGGCACAGGGUCAAUACCUGCUUCCGUUCCACCAACGAACUUGCCUCCAAUGCCAGUGCCUACGGUUAUACCACAAUGUUUACCAACAUUGCAAAGUAACAAUGAAAAUGAAUCCAAAGAUACUGUUGCAACUAUAGACAGUGAAAGUAUGCUUAAAGAAGUGAAAGAUAUAUUUAUGCAUUUUGUUGAUAAUGGAGAGCUAGGCUCCAAAACUAACGAUGUAAGAAAACGAAUAAGUGUAAUGGAGGAUAUGUGGUUAAAUGGAAAAUUAAAUAACAAUAUACAAAUGCAAAUGAAGGAAUUGGCAUAUGCUCUCCAUGAUGAACAGCCAAACAAAGCAGAUGAAAUUCAUAAGUCACUCAUGGUUGAUCAUGUCAGCGCUGUGUGUACUUGGAUGUCUGGUGUAAAACAACUCAUUUAUCAUUGCAUAGCUCGCUCUGAGCUAUUGGACAUAGACAAGAAAGAAAGUGAAAAGUGUGAAACUGAU